AACACAACGCUAGAACCAUCCACAUGGCACUCAUCAACAAAUUCUGGAUUCUCUCCAUCCUUCUCUUCCUCAUCGCUUCCCCACUCCUCCAAGUUGUUAGGUGUCAGUCAGAUGAAGCUACAGAGAAUGCUGGUGAAGUGAGUGACAUUGGAAUUGUUGGUGAUGAAACUGAUGAUGCUCAAGACUUUGCGGAUGGAGGCUUUCCUUCUGCUCCGGGAGUUGAUACCAUCUGUGUCUUCCCUAAGAAUAUUGCAAGAUUGGUAAAAGGUGGUGAAGAGGCAGAGCUGCUUGUUGGUCUAAAAAAAAAUGGGCAGUCAAGUUUGAAUGUCGUUGCUAUUAAGGCUAGUGUUCAUCUUCCAUUUGAUCGUCAUCUUCUUGUUCAAAACCUUGUUGUUCAGGUUUUCAACUAUGGCUCUGUGCCAUCAUCAGCUCAGGCUAGUUUCCCAUAUAUAUUUUCUGUCAGCAAGUUCUUGCAGCCUGGACCGUUUGAUCUUGUGGGCACCAUUGUCUAUGAGAUGGACCAACACCCAUACCAAAACACAUUCUAUAAUGGAACAAUUGAAGUUGUUAAGCCUGGUGUUUUAUUCAGCAUGGAAUCUGUUUUUCUUUUUACUCUUGGAACUGCACUUCUUGUCCUACUUGGGCUAUGGAUUAAUGGUCGAAUACAGAACCUUAAGAAACCAGAACUCCUCCAUCUGCCGGAAGAACAACCGUGA